AAAUAUUUGUCCGAUUCUGUUCAGUGCAGUGGCAGUGGACUCUCUCAGGAGGUAACUGAGAGGUUAAUACCACGCACGCAUCUCUGUUUUGAAGGAACUGGAGCGGAGGCAGGCUGCGCACACUCUCUGUCUGCAGGAUUGGAACGUGGUUACCCCAGUCAACUUUCUCUCAAGUCGUCGGGGCAAAGAGGAAGAAAUACGAGGAAUAUGAUAAACGACUGGAGUGGUUACCCUCCUUCUCCUCCUCACACGGUAAAUUGAAUGAAGGGGCUCUUUCCGACUCGAAAAGUAUGAAACAAGCUCAUGUAGCCUGGGCAUUGAUUUAAUAUACCCGUCCCGUCCUUGACUUCGUUGUUGUUUUUGACGGAUACACAUGUGUCGGGAAUGCUACCAUGGCCACGCCGAACAGCCUUCAGCAGCAGCAGGAUUACUUCAGAAGCGUCAGCAACGAAUCCACAACGUAUAUGAUGGUCCCGGCCACGGCAAACACUCGUCGCGAUGCCGCGCCAUCCAAGAUGUGGAUCGCAAUGGUGGUGAUUGUGGUGAUCGUUCUACAGAUUGCCUCGACCACCGGACUGUUCGUGUACCUGAAUAUGUCAGUAUCACAGGUGCGUAGCCAGGGUGUAACAGAGGAGCUGAAGUGUCUCAGUCUGUUAAAUGCUCUGGAUAAAGACCAAGACAUCCCAGAGAACCUGGCUCAGCUGUUUGGAGAGCCCUGCAUCAAACUGGCUGAGGGCAUCAAGGCCUACAUAUCUAAGGUGACAGAGAACAUAAUCUCAAAGCAGACGUUUCAAGAAGCGAGAACGUUACCUCACACCUUCAACACUUCGGGGUCAAAGUUCGCUACCUCUGUGCCCCAGCGGCCGUCAGCCCACCUGACCCUCAGAGACAGCAGCACUCAAGGGUCUCCCAUGUAUCCCACCCCCCAGCCCGACCUCCACCAAUCAUGUCGCCACCCAGUCCGCUCGUGGACCAACCAGAGCUUCGGAGCCCACCUUCACAACAUGACCUUAGCUGAUGGGAGGCUGCGUGUGCCCCAGGAUGGGCGUUACUACAUGUACUCUCAGGUCUACUUCCGCUACCCGUCGCCCAGUGAAGGGGACCAGCCAACAGCCAGUCACCAGCUGGUCCAGUGUGUCUACAAGAAGACGUCCUACCUGCGGCCCAUCCAGCUGUUGAAGGGCGUAGGCACUAAGUGUUGGGCCCCAGAGGCAGAGUACGCCCUCCACUCUGUCUACCAGGGAGGGCUGUUUGAGCUGAGGGCCGGGGAUGAGCUCUUCGUCUCUGUCUCUUCCCCCACCAUGGUUCAUGCAGAGGAGUCAUCAAGUUAUUUUGGGGUGUUCCGUUUGGAUCUGUAAAUGGAGGGGGAGAUGGAGGAGAGCGAGAGGGGAGACCACUGCCAGAAGAGGGUAUGGGGUGGGAUGAAAAGGAUAGGAUGAGGAACGGAGGCACCGUGAGGACACUGCCAGAGUGAGGAAUUAGGGGGGGGGUGAAAGGAGGGAUUAGAGGAGAGGAGGAGGGAAGGGUGAGACCCCAAGGACUAACUCCCCCAUUCUUUCCAAAGUGAAUUGUAAAUAGAUCUGGAGAUUCUACAUGUGAAGGAGGGAGUUAUGAACCUGAAAACAUUGGAUGGACACAGAGGAUCAAAAGACAGAAGAAUGUAUUCAUUUAUAAUUCACAUCAUAUAAUUUGGAACUGUGGAACAGAACGGUAGCAGAAAAAAAGGGCAAAGGGUAUGUGAUCAUGUGAUAGCCAAGAGUGGUGCAGUAUGCUCACUGUAUCUGUGCCAAUUAUACAUACAUUACAUACUGCCUGUAUAGAAAGGAGUUGAGCACAGAACUAGAAUGAGUUAUAUUCUAAUCAUUCUAUUUCUGUGAAGUUGACUGUCUGUUCCAAAGGUUCUAACUGGACAUUCGACGGUUUGGAAAAUUAGAACAAAUACUAAUAUGUUGUAUACAAGACCAUUUAGAGAAAGAAGAAGAGUGGAUGACUUUUGCUUGCUGCAUUGUUGAGGACUUUUAAACUUUGGAUGUAAGACAGUUUGGAAGAGGACUCUGUUUUGUUGUUGUUUAAACGACAUUGGACACUGUUGAACACAGUUAUGGAUUGAAUAAAGGAGAAGAAGAGGAGGAUAAGGAAAGGGCAGAGGAAUGGAACAGACCGUACAAAGAAAGGACAGAGAGAGCGAAAGAGGGGUAUGCGGCCCUACCAGUCUCUUAAGUAAACUUUCUCUUUCUUUCUCUCUUGCUCUCUCUCUCUCUCUCUCUGGAAUCUCUCUGGAAUCUCGCUGGUCUCCACCUGUCUGUCCAGUGUAACCUGUGGAACAGCAUUCUGAUGCCGGGAAACACACACACACACACACACACACACACACACACACUGUCGGACCUACUUUAAGCCCAUGCCAGUCAGCAACAAUUGUCAGAAAGUAAACACACUUUAAUCUAAACACAAACCGUACACAGCACAGCAUGGCUCCCUGCCCUACAGACACACUUCACUUCUCCCUCUGAGACACACACACACAAUGCCUCCCUUUGUCGUCUGGUAAUGUGUCCGUGUGUGUGUGUGUGUGUGUGUGUGUGUGUGUGUGUGUGUGUGUGUGUGUGUGUGUGUGUGUGUGUGUGUGUGUGUGUGUGUGUGUGUGUGUGUGUGUGUCUUCAGUGUUCAUUGGCUCCGUGGUUGUCUCGGAGGAAGGUUAAACAAACAUACAGUAGGGUUUGUUUGGGGGCGCGCCUGCCAGCUUUGUAUUCUUUGUUUUGCAGAGAAACAUGCAACACACACAAACACUUUCUCUCUCUCAAAGAGAAACACGAAAUACACCCACACACACAGUCAGACACACGAGAGGGACACGAGACACAUGCAGAAAAACACACAAACACACAGACACACAAGAGGGACUCCGCAGAACACGCAACACAUUCAAAUGCAAAGACAUACACAUGAUAGGGACUCCGCAGAACAUGCAACCCACACGCCCACACUCUCUCUCUCUCUUACACAUACACACGCACACACAUAACACACAAAACUGAGUGACGAUUAACCACCUCUUCCAAGAAUCUGUGGUGGGUUGUAUCUGUGUUUAUAGUGUAUGUACAGAUGUAGGAUCUUAAUUUGAUCCAGUUUUCUAAUGCAGGAACAUAAUCCUGCAGCAACAGUAAAUGUGAAUUAUUAUAAUUCUUGGACAUUUUUGUGGGGGGAAAUUACAAACUUCAGAAGUCUUUUUAAACCUCAAAUACGCAACCAUUUAGAAAUGUCCUGCCAUGCAAAUUAAGAGCCUCCAUCUGUAUAGUUCUUAUACCGUGUAAACUUGAGGGAGAGGGUGGAGACACCAAGUGAACCAUAAAUUGUUAGUUUUUUUCACACGUGUGACAGCCGUCUUUAUUUGUUUGGUUGCUGUUUUAAUCCUGUCACUUCCAACAUUUUUUUACUUUGAUCAAGUUUGCUCACUGGACCCUCGCUCACACAUAUAGACACUCCUACUAGUUGGAGGAGCCCCAAAAAAACACUACACCCCACUAACGGUACCAAGCCAUCUGCCAGUUAAGUUAAUUCCGAUAACUUUCCCAAAAUGUUGGAAGAUUGCUAGAAUUAAAAGGGAAUAAGCAGGAAACCCGUGAAUCCUAACACACUUGGCCAUUUAGCAGACACUAGCUGGCACAGCCACAAAGUCAUACAACCUUAAAUUAAGACACAAAAGCUCAUUUUAGUUUUCAUGCAUUUUUACAAUCUAGCCGAUUUUGACUUCGCAGCUGGCCUAAGGGGAAAUCGCUCAGUUCUGCCUCCAGGACAAGACUCGUCAACCUGGUACAUUUUCCUAUUAGUGACUCCAACGGGUAUAAAACCCAUGACCCUGGUAUUGCUAGCGUCAAUGUUUUACCAACUGUGCCACACAGGACCCCAACAUGUAUUUGUUUGAAAAUCUGAGAAUUUGGGAAAAUAACUAAUUUUGCAACCGUAAACAAGACAGAAUAUGUUAUAGAUACAUUGUUCCCCAGCAUGUUCCUCUUUGGGUCGAUAUAUCAUUGUUGUUCUGUUUCAUAGAGUGUAGUACAACACACACACACUCAAGGUUUCCCAACACACAAUCUGACAACAGUUAUGAACAUGGACCUAUAGGCUUAGAUACAACACACACACACACACACACACAUUGGAGCUGUACGUCUAUUACAUACAUAUUCAGUCCAGCAAAUACCAUUUCUUUACUUUGUAGCAUGUUGGUUAUGUGAAUAUGCCAUUUUUUGUGUGUUACAGAACAGUGGUUCCCAAACUUUUUAUAGUCCCCGUACCCCUUCAAACAUUCAACCUCCAGCUGCAGGGUCAGUGCACUAUCAAAUGUUUUUUUUAUUGCCUGCCAUUCACACACUAAGUGAUACAUUUAUUAAACAUAAGAAUGAGUGAGUUUUUGUCACAACCUGGCUCGUGGGAAGUGACAAAGAGCUCUUUUUCGGAACAGGGCACAAAUAAUCAUAUAAUAAUAAUCAAUAAUUUUGCUCUUUACAUAUAAAACCUUAUUUGUUCAUUGAAAAUUGUGAAUAACUCACAACAGGUUAAUGAAGAAGGGUGUGCUUGAAAGGAUUCACAUAACUCUGCAAUAUUGGGUUCUAUUGGAGAUCAUUUUCUACACAGUCUGUGCCUGUAUUUAGUUUUCAUGCGAGUGAGGGAAUCCACUCUCACAUAGGUACGUGGUUGCAAAGGGCAUCAGUGUCUUAACAGCGCGAUUUCAAAAGGCAGGAUACUCUUGAGUGCAGCCAAAUCCAGAAAUAGGUGGCUUCAUGGGCUUCUGAUUAAAUUCAAUUUUCACAGAACCGCUUGUUGCAAUUUCGAUGAGGUUCUUUUGUUCAGAUAUCGGUAAGUGGACUGGAGGCAGGACAUGAAAGGGAUAACGAAUCCAGUUGUUUCUGUCAUCCGUUUUGGGAAAGUACCUGCAUAACUGCACACCCAAUUCACUCAGGUGCUUCGCUGUAUCACAUUUGACAUUGUCCAUAAGCUUGUGUUCACACAAAAAAUCAUACAAUGAUGGAAAGUCCUGUGUGUUGUCCUCAAUAAAGACAGAGAAGAGCUCCAACUUCUUAAUCAUAGCCUCAAUUUUGUCCUGCACAUUGAAUAUAGUUGCGGAGAGUCCCUGUGAUCCUAGAUUCAGAUCAUUCAGGUGAGAAAAAACAUCACCCAGAUAGGCCAGUCGUGUGAGAAACUCGUCAUCAUGCAAGCGGUCAGACAAGUGAAAAUUAUGGUCAGUUAGGAAAACUCUCAAUUCAAAAAAAUGUGUCAAUACUUUGCCCCUUGAUAACCAGCGCACUUCUGUAUGUUGUAAAAGCGUUACAUGGUCGCUGCCCAUAUCAUUGCAUAGUACAGAAAAUACAUGAGAUUUCGGGGGCCUUGUUUUAACAAAGUUAACCAUUUUCACUGUAGUGUCCAAAAUGAUUUUUAGCUGUCAUGCAUUCCCUUGGCAACAAGAGCCUCGCGGUGGAUGCUGCAGUGUACCCAUGUGGUGUCGGGGGCAACUGCUUGCACGCGCGUUACCACUCCACUAUAUCUCCCUGUCAUGGCUUUUGCACCAUCAGUACAGAUGCCAACAUGAGCAGCAGCUACAUAUGGACGGUUAGUGGAAUUCCCGCGAGAGAGUUAAUGUAAUUGGAUGCUACCUGUAUUUGACAUUGUGUUGUUUUCGCUGAACACUCGGUGGUUUAAUUUUAUUUUUGGCAGUGAAACGAGGCUACUCAUCAUAUGCGAGGGAAAAAAACCUCACCAAAAUGUAUAGCCCCCGUUGGAAAAUCUAAAUGGGCUGUUUGAAAAUGUGAAGAAGAAAGAAAUGGGGUCGGGGGGUAAUCGUUCCCAGUUUGGGAAUACCCGUUGUAGGAGAUUUGCACCUUGGGUCCUGUGUGUGUUUUUAUAUGUAAAUAUGGCUUUGAAAGCCUGAAUUGACACACUAUAAUCAUAAAUGUAAUCACUGCCAGAUACUAUGUUGGUUACUUUCAAAGUCUCUCCCUGUCCUUGAAAAAGAUACUGCGUGCAUUGUAACAGUUCAGUUGUAAAAUUACAUUUUUUUUUUUGUUCAUGGGAAUAUGGUUCGGUGAACUCUAGGUGUGCAUCCGUGUACGCAUGGGUGUUGAGGGAGAGGUGUAGCAGCUGCACGUGUAAGGGACGGGUGUGAAAUGUGAUAAAGACAGAUCUUAUUCUACAUAGCUAUACUGCGCUCUCUGUGUCAAUCUCUCUCUCUCUCUCUCUCUCUCUCUGUCUCUCUGUCUCUGUCUCUCUCUCUCUCUGUCUCUCUCUCUGUCUCUCUCUCUGUCUCUCUCUCUCUCUCUGUCUCUCUCUGUGUGUGUGUUAUAAACCAAAGGGCACAUUCUCAGAACAAAAGGUGUAUUGUUUGUUUUUUAAAGUACAUUUUACAUGCUUUAACCACACGUUCUCUCCUAGGCUGUGUCCCGAAUCGCACUCUAUUCCCUGCGUGUGCAACUUCUGACCAGGCCACUAUUUGCCCUGAUCAAAAGAAGUGCACUGAAUAGAAAAUGGUGUGCCAUUUGGGAAACUAUCCUUUCUUAUUCUCCUUUUACAAAUGUUUUUCUGUUUUAUCUCGUUUGAUAACGAUAGGCCACUUAUGGAACGUAUGUACAUGUAUACAUUGUAUUCUGAUGUUCCUUUGACUAGGAUGUUAAAUGUGUGUUAAAUAAAGUGCUGAAUAAUGGUAA